UUUGUGAGUAUACCCUCACAUCACACUAGUCCUUAUAAACCUUUUUGUCUGCCCAGUAUGAGACCUUUUCUCCAUGCUUGGGUUAGUGAUGAGGACCACCGCCGCUCUGCUCUCUCUGUAUUUUUGGGUAAACACUGGCAUCCAUGCUGCUAAAACAGGUUCGAAAUGUGGAAUUUCUCAAGUGUGGAACCCGACGGUUUCCUCUCUGAGGGUGGUAGGAGGAACUGAAGCCAUGUACGGAUCACACCCGUGGUUGGUUUCCCUCCAGAACAGGGGCUCUCAUUUCUGUGGAGGAUCCAUCUUGAGUGACUGCUGGAUAAUGACUGCUGCACACUGCUUCACAUCUUUGUCAAAAGAGUUUCUCAGUGGUGUGAGAGUCCUCGUUGGAGAGUUUGACCAGAGAGUACACGAUGAGGAGGAGCAAGUCUUUCUGGUCAAGUCUGUCUCAGUCCAUGAAAAGUACAACCCUGCUCUGCCGAUGAACUAUGACAUAGCUCUCAUAGAGCUGAACCAACGCAUCCAGAUGGGAGCUCGUGUCCAGCCGAUAUGUCUGCCUUUACCUAAUGACAAUAUCCUUCCUCAGACCGCUUGCAUGACGGCUGGAUGGGGGAGGAUAAAGGAACGGGGUCGUCUUCCUAUGGUUCUGAGAGAGGUGCAUUUGGAUUUGGUUGACCGAGCCAAAUGUAAAUAUGUCCUCCAAACUCUUAACCAGAGACUCGUCCGGCCUCAGCCGAGCAUGACAGUUCUGUGUGCCGGCCCAGAGACAGGAGGGAGAGAUGCCUGUCAGGGAGACUCAGGAGGUCCUUUGGUGUGUCCAGCAGGGUCAGAAGGUCAUCGCUGGGUGGCGCUGGGCGUGACUUCCUGGGGUAAAGGAUGUGGUAGGAGCUGGGGAAACAACAGCAGCCGCCCCCCUUCCAAACGAGGUUCUCCGGGGAUUUUCACUGACGUCAGGCUGCUGCUGCCUUGGAUCAAGCGUAAAUUGAGAGAGGCUGAGCACCAGCAGCAGACAACGGUUUCAUCAAGACUCUGCAGCGUGAGAGACGGGCCUGUGUCUGACAUUAACGGGGUAAUCAAAAAUCCCAGGCUCCAUGGCGAUCGCUAUGACAACAACCAGUUGUGUUUGUGGAGCAUCAGCGUUCCUCCAGGUUAUAGUAUUCUGCUGGAGUUCGAUCUUUUUGACUUGGAGAACGACUCGUACUGUCGGUAUGAUCGACUCACUGUUUCAGUAGGAAGCCAUCGGCCUGUUCGGAUAUUCUGUGGAAGUGUGCUGCCCGGCCCAGUUCUUCUAAAUAAUUCCCACAAUGCCACACUUCUCUUUUCCUCUGAUAUUAGCAGAGCAGGAAGUGGCUUUGUAAUUAGGCACCAUGCGGUCAAAGGACACUCUCAUCCUGGAUGUGGAACACUUGUUCUGGUUGAAGAUAAGGCUUCUAUACACAGUCCAAAUCACCCACAAGCCUACAGUAAUGACUGUGUCCUCCACUGGGUAAUCCAUGCUCCUCUGGGUCAUGUGGUUAAGCUGGAGUUUACUGAUUUUGACCUGGAGGAGUCGGAGAGAUGCUUGUAUGAUUCCCUCACUGUCCUGGGAGAUGUUGAAGGAACAGAGGAGAUUGCCUUGCUGUGUGGCGGCAGCAUCCCUCCUCCUGUCCUUUCCUACCACAGCACCAUGGUGCUUCGGUUUACGUCGGACAGCAGCAUCACUCAUAGGGGUUUCAGGGCUACACUGACAUUCAUCAGCAUUACAGACCUUCAUAACCAAAAGAGGACAGAUGUUGAGGAUCUGCCAGAUGUUUUGACAACUUUUGAACCAGUUGUGCAGCAGUACAGAACCAGAGCCCUGCCUCACCGGGCCGAUGUGGACCAUGACGCCUCGGUGGAUGUUACCUUAAAUGUGGACCGGAGUGUAGAUGAAGAUUACAGCAGGGAAUCAUCAGAGCUGGCACAGUAACCUGCAGGAAGGAGGCUACCUGUUAAAUUCUGCUGUCUUUAAGUCUGCUGCUGCUGCUUGGGAAUGCAAAAACAGGAGUUUUCAAUCGCUUGUCUGUUACUUGUUGCUGUUUCCUAGAAUGCUUGCUCUCCAGUUUUCAACAUACUGAUAGUUCAAGAACCACACUGGUAGUUUAGUUUAGUCAUUUUUGUUACAGAAUCCUCAGGAUAUUCCUCGCACCAUUUUGUCAUCUUACUAUUUUCUUACCCUGAAGUUAUGUUCAAGUAUUAAAGACUGUAUUAAAAA